GAUCUCACCGUUAUUUCUCCGUCCGGGGUGCGCUCUAAUAAUAGAGCAGGCAGUCUGCUCCUUUAAGGCCCUUCUUGCUGCACAGCCACCUCUACAAUAGUUUAUUUUUCCCUCUCUCUCUCAGUUUGGAGUGAAAAUGGUCAUUAAAGUUUUCCUCGCCUCUUCCUCUGGGUCAACAGCGAUAAAGAAGAAGCAGCAAGAUGUGGUCGCCUUCCUGGAGGCUCUGAAAGUGGAGUACGCUGAGCUGGACAUCGCCUGCAACGAGCAGAACCGCAUGUGGAUGAGGGAAAACGUCCCCGAAGAGAAGAAGCCCGCCAACGGCAUCCCACUCCCUCCGCAGAUUUUCAACGAGGAGAGCUACUGUGGGGAUUAUGACACAUUCUUCGAUGCCAAGGAGGACAACGCGGUGUUUACCUUCCUUGGGUUGCCCCCUCCUCCUGGCUCAAAGGAAGCAUUGCAGGCUGAGAAGGAGCACAUUGUGCAGAACGGGACCCAUGCAGAGGACCACCCUGACGACUCAGCAAAGCAUAAUGGGGAUGCGCAAGGAGAGGAGGAGGAGGGGCAGGCAGGGGACGAGGAGGAAGGAGAGGGUGGAGAAGCAGACGAUGAAGCCGCCGAAGUAGAAACAUCACGGGGAGAGCACCUGGCAGAGGAGGAGGAGGAGGAGAAGGAGGCAGAGGAAGAAACAGACGAGGAGGCACAGGAAGAAGAGGAUGAAGAGCAUGAGGAAGAGGAUUUGCACUCAGAGGAAGAAGAAGAGCUACAAGAGCUUGAGGACCAAGACGAACAAGAAGAAGAAGAGGGAGAGUCCCAAGAGGCUGAAGAGGAGGCUGAGUAAUUACAGGGACAUCCAGAUGAAGACCAUCUACUGUCCUGCCUGAAGGAGCCCCCUGGUCCAUCUCUGCCCAACGCCUGACGCUUGACCCACCCUCCCUUCAUCAAACCCGUCAGGCAGCAACCCCACCUACCGAUGCUGCGCCGGACUUUUUCUGCAAACCGCCGGUCAUGUGCUUGACCCACUGUCUUUACGACCGCGGUUUUGACUUCCUUUUUAUGUUUUGUAUGUUAACACAUAAAGUAAUGAAAUUGUGCAGAGGAGCAGGAUGGCGUUUGUAAUUAGCAGUGAUUGCAACACGCAGGUUUCUUCAGCCUAACCACAUUUCCCAUGUUUUACUUUCUAGCUCUAGUUCUCUAACCUUAGGAGGAAGUGACCUUUUCACAAAAAAUGGUGUACCUUAGUGUGACUUCCUGACUUUCAUAAUUCACUCUCUUGUAAAUGUUCUGCUCAUUUUUUUUCCUGUAUUGUGCCUUACUUACUCCUUUUAUUAGCUGAAUCUUUUAAGAAAAUUUUGAUGCCCCCGAAAAGAUAAACACAGAUACUGCAAGAUUCAAAUUAUCUACCAAUUUUUACAAGUACCCCUCCCCUUACUGCUGACUAAUCAAUGCACUUUGUUGAACAAAGAGGGAAACAUGUAACCAUGUUUUGUGGAUACAACGGAAAAAAUAAACUAUUUUAGAUUGAUAAAAGCUU